AUGAAGUUCAGCAGGGUCGUGUGCGGUCUGACGGCCGCAGGGGGCGCCCUCGCCGCUCCAGUCAAGGAGAAGGGCAUCAAGAAGCGGGCGUCUCCGUUUCAAUGGUUCGGAUCCAACGAGUCUGGCGCAGAGUUUGGGAACAACAACAUCCCUGGCGUGGAGGGCACCGACUACACCUUCCCCAACACGAGCGCCAUCCAGAUCCUCAUCGACCAGGGCAUGAACAUCUUCCGCGUGCCGUUCCUGAUGGAGCGCAUGGUGCCCAACCAGAUGACGGGGCCGGUGGAUUCGGCGUAUUUCCAGGGCUACAGCCAGGUUAUCAACUACAUUACCAGCCAUGGCGCGUCGGCAGUGAUUGACCCGCAUAACUUCGGGCGAUACUACAACAAUAUCAUCUCCUCGCCGUCUGACUUCCAGACUUUCUGGCACACUAUUGCGUCCAACUUUGCGGAUAAUGACAAUGUCAUUUUCGACACGAACAACGAAUACCACGACAUGGACGAAAGCCUUGUCGUCCAGCUCAACCAGGCCGCCAUCGACGGCAUCCGCGCCGCGGGCGCCACAUCACAGUACAUCUUCGUCGAGGGCAACUCGUGGACCGGGGCCUGGACAUGGACGCAGGUCAACGACGCGAUGGCGAACCUGACGGACCCGCAGAACAAGAUCGUGUACGAGAUGCACCAGUACCUGGACUCGGACGGGUCGGGCACGUCGGACCAGUGCGUCAACUCGACCAUCGGGCAGGACCGCGUCGAGUCGGCGACGGCCUGGCUGAAGCAGAACGGCAAGAAGGCGAUCCUGGGCGAGUACGCUGGCGGCGCCAACAGCGUGUGCGAGACGGCCGUCACCGGCAUGCUCGACUAUCUCGCCAACAAUACUGAUGUCUGGACCGGUGCUAUCUGGUGGGCGGCUGGGCCGUGGUGGGGAGACUAUAUCUUCUCCAUGGAGCCGCCUAGUGGGAUUGCGUAUGAGCAGGUUCUGCCGUUGCUGAAGCCGUACCUCGAAUGA